AUGUUGAAGCUUUGCCUCCGUCCUGUAGUGGACAAGAUCAUUGCUUGGAUUUCCACGGCGGAGGAGAACGUGUUGCGGGAACUUCUCACCAGAGACUUGGAUUCUGAGGAAACGCUGCGCUGCUUCGAGCAAGAGCUUUUUUAUGCAGCAAGGCAAAGACUCCAAAAUGUGCGAUGGAGGCGAUGUCUUGAACUGCUUGGAAGGAUCUUUCUGGGUGAGAGGGAGGAAGACCAGAUGAAUUUUGUCACUCGGGCCAUGGAGAGUGACAAGUCUGCCAAGUCUGUGGCUUCCCUGGUGUAUGAGCUGGGCGGUCGUCGCUAUGUGCCCGACUUCUUGUUGGACAUUGUCCUGGCAGACUCAUCCGAUGCAGAAGGUGUCCGUGAGAAGGUGCAGCGCAUUUGCGAUUUCUUUGGGCCACUCCAUGAAUGCAAAAUUCCGAAGGAAGUGGCUCAAAAUUUUGAGUACCAUGCCAAAGGUGCUGAUGUUGUCGCAUUUCGAGAGGUGAAUGGCUUCUACUUCUUCUUGUUGCGGGAUGCGGACAACAUCAUGCAGCAGCUCUUGCGCUCUGUGCCUGUUGGAUGCCAAAUGGUCCAGCAACUUCCGGUCUUUCUAAGGACGACUUCCUUGAACAUGAAUGACACUUUUCCACGACUUGACAACUUGAGAGCUUUGGGUGUUUUCAUCAAGCAGAUUGAGCAAGUCAAUGAUCACGUGGAGGUGCAGAUCACCACGUGGCAUGAGAAGUUUUCCAUUCUUCCUCUCCGGGACUUUCAAGUUCGUCACAUGAAGCUUGUCAAAAAGUCGGCCAAUGCCUACGAGCGCAGCCAGCACGAUGCAUUCCCCGUUUCAUUGUGCGAGUGGGUUUUCUAUGCGCGUUCAUUUGAACAAGAAUAUGUAGAAGUUCCUUCUGCGCUGCAACGACAUGCUGUCCCGUUGGAUCCAGCGGAAUUUGACCCUCCCCCAACUUUACCUGCUGGAGACGAGUUGCCGCUCUUGAGAGUGAGCUUCAGUCAUUUGAGCUCGGCUUCUUGGCUCAUGUGUGUUUGA